UAUGGAGGUCUGGGCUGGGCUGGGGCAGCAGCGGAGCUGGAUACCUAGUGCAUGGUGGCGCCUGCAAAACAAUGUCUUGACAGACGGUGCUGGGAAGAACAACUUCAACAAGCUGCCAACGACCGCCCUUCUCCACUAGAAUCCAAAGCUGUUCCGAUCGUCUUGUAGAUACAUUGACAGCUAGCUGAUGCAUGCAGGGAGCAAGAAGUGCAGCAGUGAAGCUGAAGUAUCGUUCUGGGAAAGAACUGUAGUCUGAUUCAAAUUUGGUUCUUCAUCUGCAUAUUUUCCAGUGAAGUAUGUGGCAUGGAACUAGCUGCUGCCAAGUCCUUGUCCAAUAAGUCUAUUCAGUUCCGUGUCAGUCGUCAGAGUCAAUCAAAGCAGGGUGUUUAUUCUCCAACAGUCCUUGCACAUCGUCUUACAAGGCCCUCCUGGGUUCAAUCUGGAAACCAAGCUGAGCUUGUUUUGAGGAAGGCUGCCCUUGGGAAGCGCCGAUCUACCGGCAAGCUGAGAGGUGUCCAAAUGGCGGUCCAAGGCAACAUCCUGACAGCCUUCGCAGCUGGGGCGCUGGGCGCAUCAGGAAUCUUGGUUUCCCUUCUCCGAAAUCCGACAUGGAGUCGGCGCAUACUCGGCCACAGAAACCAGAUCGAAGAGGUUUCAACGUUGCACCCUGAUUACAAACCUGGGGACAAGCAGCCAUCGCCCUUUACUAGUGACAAGUACUUAGCUCUGAACCCUGCUGAGCUGGGUGAUGCGAUGUACCCGUUCAUGAUCAGCGCGGUCGUGCCGCGGCCCGUUGCUUUCGUCUCUUCUCUGAGCAAGAACGGCGCAGGGAAUCUGUCCCCCUACAGUUACUUCAACGCCAUGUCACAUGAUCCGCCGAUGGUGGUCAUUGGACACUCGUACAGCUCAGCGAAGAAGGACACAGGGGGAAAGAAGGAUACGCUUGCGAACAUUCUGGAGACAGGGGAAUUUGUCGUGAACAUCAUGAACGAAUGGUACGUGGAGGCUGCCAACUUCACGUGCGGGCCGUACGACCGGGGCAUAAACGAGAUGACACUGUCUGGCCUGACGCCCAUGGAGUCAGUCAAGGUGAAGCCACCCCGAGUGAAGGAGUCGGCGGUGCAUUUCGAGUGCAAGCUGGUUCAUUCCUACGAGAUCAAGAACCAUACGGGCAAGGCGACCGGUAUGAUCGUCGUGGGCGAGGUGCUCCUAGCGCACAUGCACGAGGAGGUCGCCACAAAAUCGCCGCACUCCGGCCACGACGUUGUCGACCUCAAGAAGUACUCUCCUGUUUCGAGGCUGGGCGGUGUAUCGUACGGGCGGACGACAGAGUACUACAACAUCCCUAGACCUCCCAAGGAGGAGCAAAAGACGCCCAAGACGGCGAGCGAGGCAGAUGAGAAGGCAAGGUUGUGACAACCAUUCGGAUGGUAAAUUCUUUGUACUCUGCGCAAAUGCGCAAGCGCGAGCCAGGGCGGAGAGACCGAUGUAUCAUGGACAAAUGUUGACCCCAUUGAAUGUUGGAAGUAUUCAGUUACACGCGGAACCCCUUGAUUCACUAUGUCAAUUAUUUUAGGAUUUAUUGGAAGACGUUGUUCAGACCGUAGAACACAUACGAAUCUUGAGGAAAUAGAAGUCCAAUCAGGAGGAUUGCCAUAAUCAUUGCAUGCAUGGUCGGUCUGAGCCUCUCGUACAGUUCUAAGUUGCACGGCCUGCUGUCUGACUAAUCUUGAGAAACGUGUAUUCAAGGGGCCCAUUUCAACCCGUGGUCCAUGAG